CGUCACUGCUCCACAUCGAGCCAGUAGUGGAGUCGGCGGAGGUAGAUAGAGCAGCGCUGGAGUAAAGUACACACCGACAUGAACUUCUCCCUCUAAAACUUCACGCUUGUUGCUCUUAAAGUCGGGACAGGAACGUCUCUUUUCUUCCCAACCGACGGAAAUUGUUGUUUGUUCGGCUUUUGUUGCAGGAAAGCGGGAGAGGAAGACACAUUUUGGGGGUUUUUCUAUCGGAGGUGUCGACGACGAGCGCCAUGUCGUCCGCGGCGGUCGCUGCUUCUUCCAGGAGGCAGUCGUGUUAUUUAUGCGACCUGCCCCGCAUGCCGUGGGCCAUGAUCUGGGAUUUUACCGAGCCCGUCUGCAGGGGAUGUGUCAACUACGAAGGAGCUGACCGCAUUGAGUUUGUCAUCGAGACGGCCCGCCAGCUGAAGCGGGCUCACGGCUUCCAGGAGGGGAGGUCUCCCGGGCCGGGGAAGGCUCAGCUCUCCGGGAAGGACAUCCAGGGGAUCAACCACGCCGCGGCGGGAGACCCCGGCUCCCGGCCGCCGCAGCCCCUGGACCGCUACCCGCUCUCCUCCGAACGCCCGCCCCGGCUGGGUCCAGAAUACCAGUCCAGCAGACAGGCGAACGGCAUUCCGAUCCCGAAUGGAUUUCCUAAACCCGACGAGCCUCCGGAGCUGAACCGCCAGAGCCCCAACCCGCGCAGGAAUAGCUCGGUCCCGCAGAACCUGAUGCCUAACGGGAGCAUGCCCCCGGUGCACGUCAACGGCAGGCCGGGCCAGAUGGGGCUUCCCUCCGCGCUGGCAGGCGGCAGUCCCGCCGAACUGAGCAAGAGACCCGCCUCGGUGUCCAGCACGGAGCACGACAGGGAGGUGAAGGAGAAGCACAGGCCGGACAGUCUGACGCCGGAGAUCUCCGAGAGCCACAAGAACAGGGCAGAGCAGGAGUGGAGCAAAGGCAAGACGGUGAGGGACCUGAUGGCUCUGCACACGUUCGACACCACCAAGUUCAGGAAGGAGCACGCGGCCAUGCAACAAAGGGUUAUGGGCUACGAGAGCAGCGCCACUGCGUCCAAGUCAGACAGAGGAAAACAUCCCCGCAUGAAGAGAAAAGCAUCGUCGCCUGAACCAGAGGGAGAGGGCACCGCUGCCAAGCUGAACGGCGAAGGGCAGCAGUGGUUACCACCACCCAACGAAGGACUGAAAAUGCCACCAGUACCCCCGCCGAGCUUCGCCUCUCCCCCCUCUACGAUAUCCCCCCACCCUCGCACCACCCCACCUGAGGCAGCCCAGAAUGGCCAGUCUCCCAUGGCGGCUCUCAUCAUGGCAGCAGAUAACGCAGGUGGAAACAGCUCUCCCAAGGAUGGCAAUCAAGUCCACUCCACCACCCGCAGGAACAGCAGCAGCCCCCUGUCACCGUCCUCCAUGAAUCAGAGGAGGCUGGCCCAGAGAGAGGCAUCAGGCGCAGGUACCCCCCAAGUGCCAGGCAUGGACCAGGUGCACCCCCAAAGCAUUCCGGACUCCUCGGUACCUGGCAGCAUACCUUUGUGCUGCACGCUGUGCCACGAGCGUUUGGAGGACACGCACUUUGUUCAGUGCCCGUCUGUGCCGUCUCACAAGUUCUGCUUCCCGUGCUCGAGGGAAAGCAUAAAGCAGCAGGGUGCUACGGGCGAAGUGUACUGUCCAAGCGGAGAUAAAUGUCCCCUGGUUGGCUCAAACGUACCGUGGGCUUUCAUGCAAGGAGAAAUCGCCACCAUCCUUGCGGGAGACGUCAAAGUAAAAAAGGAGAGGGACCCUUGAUUUUGUCUGAACACUUCUUUGGGGAGGGGAGGCAAAAAAUCUGAGUAUAAAUAUAUAAAUAUCACAUACAUACCAUUCAAACAAACUAACAGACUUGUACAUAUUGGACCCAAGGGAAGAGUAUACUUCGUAAACAUGGUUGUAUAAUUUUUGAUUUUUGAAUACAUUGUGUUUCUAUAUUUUUGAAGAUAAAGGUAUGUACUCAUCAUAAUGAACUACGUUCCUCUUUGUUGAUGUUUAACAAAAUUCUUGAUGUACUUCUAGGUCUGGUGGCAGUUCCUGUUUAACGUAGAAUGUGACUAAUGCUACUCUACGAGCACUUGGCAAAACUAAAAUGCUUUUAGCUGUACUUGUAUGCACUUGUUUAAAAAAAUUGCCAAAUACAAUUUCUGAUCUUGUAUGAA